GGGUAGAAUUAGAGGCGGAACAGGAAGAAGCUGGUGACAUUCCCAUGCUUGGGCAGAGGACGUGUCUGUUGCCCUAGAAUAUAGGCAGAUCACAUCGAAACGGUGGCAUAAAGAUAAUUAUCACAGUUAAACGGCGUUGGGGUGACAAUGGCAGCGGGCUUAAGCUGGAGGCUGCUAUCGGCCGCGCGGUGUAAACUUGUGAAUAGAGGCUGUGCUGCAACGGACAGUAGAGCAUCCUGUGUGGUGUUAGUGAGAAGCAUUCAGACAAACACCUGGUGGGAUGAACAUCUUUCAGAAGAAAAUAAGGAGUUUUUAAAGCGGCUAACUGCAGAGGAAUACAAAGAGCAAACCGAAAGCAAGUUAUGUCCUCUGAAAGAUGAGCCCUGGCCUAUAAAGCCGUGGGAACCUGGUUCCAACAGGGUUGGUUUAGUAGCAGUGAAGCUGGGGAUGAUGCCAUUAUGGACCAAAUCUGGUGAAAGACAUGCUGUCACAAUGCUUCAAGUGCAAGAUUGCCAUGUUAUUAAAUACACGCCUAAGGAAGAGUUCGAUGGAAAAACAGCAGCGCUUACUGUAGGCGGAAAAAAUGCAUCACCCUUUUACAAAUCAGAAUCUGUGUUAGAAUUGUACCGUGAAGCUGGAGUUCCCCCAAAACAGAAAAUCAGCGUAUUCAAAGUGUCCGAUAAUGCAAUCAUCAAACCAGGAACACCUCUUUAUGCUGCACACUUCCGCCCUGGGCAGUUUGUGGAUGUCACUGCCAAAACGAUUGGAAAAGGGUUUCAAGGUGUCAUGAAAAGAUGGGGUUACAAGGGCCAGCCUGCAUCUCACGGACAAACUAAAACCCAUAGGAGACCUGGGGCAAUAGCUGGAGGUGAUCCUGCUAGAGUUUUCCCCGGAACGAAAAUGCCAGGACAGAUGGGGAAUAUUUACAGAACAGCACGCUGCCUGAAGGUAUGGAGAGUGAAUACAAAGUACAACAUCAUUUAUUUGAAUGGUUCUGUCCCGGGACACACCAAUUGUUUAGUUAAGGUUACAGACACAAAAAUAGAAGUUAAAAGGAAAAAUGAAAACCAACUACCUUUCCCUACAUUUUUUGCCGAUGGAGACGAAAAUUUGCCAGAAGACCUAUACGAUGAGGAAAUAUUCCAGUUCACUGAGCCCUCUGUCAAAUAUACUUAGCAUUAUUGCCAUUUUUCAGCUUCAUAGGUGUUGUCAAAAGAUCGCCAUACUGGCUGUUUUAAGCUAGGAAAUUGUUCUUUCAGCGUCCUUUAUUUAUAACGUGAAGGGCAAAUGUCAUGUUUUCUAAAGCAAAAAAGGGUUUUCAGAAUUAUUUUUUUUUCUUCAUGUGGUCAUGUGGUCAUGUGGACUUUUUUGUUUAAUUUUGUUGAUGGAAUUUCACAUUUAAUUAAAAGUUGGUGAACUCUUGCAUACUUAAUAAAUGCUUAUCAAAUGUACAAA